UCAUUUUCAAGUGCUGUCAGUGCUGUGUGGUGCAGCUUCCACCACGCACAGUGUGCGCGCUUCGUGCUGCCCUGUGCAGGGGCUGCAAUGGAACCAAGCCCCUGAGCAAUUGCAUCAUGCUGCUGUGAGAAAAGCUUCUAGAGAAAUACUGAAGAAUUGAACAGUAACCAGGACUGAAAAAAUACAAUGGAUGCAGACUUCUUAAAUGCCUUUACACAGCCUGCUGCUCUUAAUAAAUUCCUCGUUGAGAAUGUCAUCACUCCAGGAGAGAAGAGGAAACUCAUAAAACCCACCUCAAGCAACAAUCCCAAACUGGAGGAAUUAAAACUGCUGCUGAUUGACUGGAUUAACACGACUCUGAAAGAGGAGCACAUAGUAGUGAAAAGUUUGGAAGAAGAUCUGUAUGAUGGGCUGGUACUUCAUCAUCUCUUGGAAAAUCUAGGAUCUCUCAAGCUGGAUGUUGACAAGAUAGCAUUAACAGAAAAAAAACAGCGUCAGAAACUCUCUGUGAUUCUGGAAGCUGUGGCUAAGUGUUUGCAACUGGAAGAAAGUCAGUUGAAAUGGAGUGUGGAAGCGAUUUUAGCAAAGGAUUUACUGAGCACACUGCAUCUUCUGGUCGCAAUAGCAAAGCACUUCCAACCCAGUCUGGCUUUUCCUCCAAAUGUUCAUGUGGAAACAAUCACUAUUGAGAACACCUCCAAAGGAUUAAAGACAGCAAAUGGGGUGGAAUAUAUCACAGGAAGCAAAGAGAAUUCAGAAGAGCAGUCAACAGAUGAUGCCUUUGAUGAAUUAUUUAGCCGUGCUCCUGAAAGACUGGAUGAUGUAAAAAAGGUGUUUUUGCAGUUUGUCAACCAGCAUGUUGGAAAUUUGGGAUUAAAUGUGAAAGACAUGGAAUCUCAGUUUGCAGAUGGAGUUAUUUUACUUCUGUUAAUUGGACAACUAGAAGGUUAUUUUCUGAAUUUAAGGGAUUUCUUUCUGACUCCAGCUAGCACCACAGAGAUGCUUCACAAUGUUAACCUUGCAUUGGACUUGCUAACGGAUGGAGGUCUUCUCAAUUUUUCUGUGAACUCUGAAGAUAUUGUGAAAGGAGAUCUGAAGACUACAAUGAGGGUUCUGUAUUGCUUGUAUUCCAAAUACAAGGCUAAAGAAACAUGAAGAGCAAGGCCUAGAGCUUAGAUUGCCUCUUUUUCUUCUUUUUCCACCUCUUUCCUUUUCUUCUUUUUUUUUUGUGCCAGCAUGUCAUGGUCUGGUUUUUGGAUUCCCAGCUCUGUUUGCCACUGUGUAUGUGCAUGCACUUGUGUGUGACACUUGCUGUAUCAACACUGCAUAUGCGAGUA